AUGUCUGAACUUGCCUUAGAAGAUAAAAGGGCGGAGUUCAUUGCAGAAUAUGUUUUGACUUCUCAUAAACUGAAAAGUGACAAAUGGAUGAAACUAUGGAAUUCCGAAGAAAUGAAGCAAAGAAUCAUUAAUUUUUUUGAGAAAUCCGACAUAACCAAAUUAUUCAUAAAUUUGACAGCGGCUGGAACAUUGACAGCUGAAAAUGAUUUUCCUGUUGGUUCAAAAUCUAAGACAUGUUUUUUUAUGAAAAAGUCGAAAGAAACCAUACCCAAAGAUGGACUACUUAAUAAAUACAUCUUUUAUGGGGAUCUUUCAUAUAGUCCUCUAGACCAUUUUUCUGCAUUUGUUGAUGAAGUCCUUAUCCCCGUGCUUUCUAACAAGAAAAAUUAUAGUUCUUGGCCAUCAGUUGUGUACGAAGAUGUUAUUAAGUAUGCUCAUGGUCUAAAAAGACAGACCGAUAUUGUUGUUGGACAGUCAAAGGGGAAGACGCUUUUGCCUCUUCCGGUAGAACAAGACCGAAUUAAAGAACAUUUUAAAGAAGGUAAAGUAAAUCGAAGUUUUGUCUAUGCAAUCGAAUCACUCGUUAUUGACUGGUCUCAUCAAAUUCACAAAGUAUUGCUCAAAGACUCUUCUCAACCUCUUUUAAAUGGUUUGCAUCCCACUCCGUUGGUGGAAUUGGACUUCUGGAAAGCAAAAGUAACAAAUCUUGAAAACAUCUACUCCCAGCUAAGUACACAGAAAGUUAAACAAAUGGCACAGAUACUGGAACAAGCCAACAGCAGUUACUUUAUUCCAUUUAAAGAAAUGUUUAAAUCUGUUGUAACAGCUUUACGAGAAGCCCAAGAUAUUGACAUGCAUUUAAGUAUUAUGCGUACUCAGCUGGAAGAUAUGGAGCAGGCUGAAUUCGAUCAACUGUCACAACAUAUUGAACCUAUUUUUCAUAUUAUUUGUUUAAUAUGGGCAAGUUCUAAAGGCUAUCGACAGCCUGCAAGAAUACUGGUUCUUUUGCAAGAAUUGUGUAAUCUUAUGAUUAAUCAAUGUCGAACCCAUUUAGAUCCCUACGAAAUACUGAAAGGUGAAGCAGAGGAAAUUUAUCCAAAAGUGGAAGAAGCACUGAAAGUUCUGCAUAAAUUUAAAAGCACAUACGAACAACAUCGUCAAAAUUUACCAGCAUAUUUUGAAAAAGUUGCCAAAAAAUUAAACACUUCAAAUGAAAUAGUUUUAUGGGAAUUUAAAAAUGAAUUAGCAUUUAGUCGUUUUGAUUCGUUUGUUCAACGGGUUGAAGAAGUUCAUCAUCUAAUGGUAACAGCUAUUGAAUUUUUGAAAUUGGAGAAACUAGUAUUCGGUGGGAUUGAUGGUGGUUCAUUGAAUCAACGUGUCACUGAAAUCUACGAAUCAUUCUGUAAUAGUUAUAAGAUGUUUAAUGACAGGUCGUAUGAUGUCUUGGAUCCUUUGAAUGAAGAGUUUUGCAAGGAUUUUGAAUUAUUUAAUCAAAGUGUACGCGAUUUAGAAUAUCGUCUGUCCAAUGUAAUUGAACAUGCAGUAGAUGGUUGUCCUGCUAUAGAACAUUUACUUAAGCUCAUUAGUAUCCUGCACAGUCUGCUGGAUAGACCAAUAAUUAAAGAGAGUUUUCAACCCAAAUAUAAACUGUUAAUGCAAAUGUUAAAUGCUGAAAUGGAUGUAGCAAAGAAAAUUUAUGAUCAUCAUAUGAUGGGUGAGAAACUCCGGCAUGAAAGCUCAGUCCUACCAACUCAUAAUAACAACAAAUCACCUACAAGUCCAGAGAGUAGUGAAGAAAAAGAAACAGGCUCCACAAAACCUGGUCUGUACAGAAAGCAACGCACUUACUAUUCAGAGAUUCAUAAAAAUAUGCCCAGAUUAUCAGGGAAUUUAAAGUGGGCUAAUGACCUGAAAAGUCGUAUUACAUCACCAAUGGAAAUGAUUAAUCAGUUAGAUUUACCGAUAUUCCAUACUACAGAAGGUGCAAUAAUCCAGAAAAAAUAUGAUCAAAUAAUGAAACUUCUUCAAGAUUAUGAAGAAGAGGCAUUUAUUGAAUGGUCUAAAAGUGUUGAUGAGAUAUGCUCAUUUAAUUUAUCUCAACCAUUACUUGUACGUGAUCCAAACACAAAAAUGCUCAGUGUAAAUUUUGAUGCAAAGCUUGUAGCUAUUCUACGUGAAGUCAAAUACUUGGGUAUACGUGCAAAAGAAACAAUACCUGAGUCAGCAGCUAAGCUAUAUGAACAAAAUGAUAAAUUACGCAAUUUCCAUAUUAGCUUAGAUAUGAUUGUUCAAGCCUAUAGCUAUUUGUCGAAUAAACUUUUACCUGAAGAAUCAGAACUUAUCACCGGUGAAAUAAACGCAUUCGAUGAACAGGCGAAAAAAGCAGAAACUGUUUUAAACUGGCAGACAAGUGAUGCAUGGGAUUACAUAGAAAAAACACGGAACCAAGUCGAUGAUUUAAAACGUCGGGUUGUACAGACGCAAGAAAAUGUUCAACAGAUUCAAUUAAUCAUGACUAAUUGGUCUAAACUACCCUUGUUCGAACGUAAAGAUGGUAAACGAGAGACAUUAUUAGGAUUAGAUGAUCGAGAGGAUAGAUGUUCUAAACGAUAUACAGAAAUUACUGAGGCCGGAAAACAAGUUCUUAAUCUUUUACAUAUUCCAAACUGCUUUAAAAGCACAUCAUUCAUGCCGCAUAUAUGUGCCAAACACCAGCAAAUUUAG